CUCAAUAGUUGGUAUACACUCAAGAUACGCUGUUUAGCCGACGCGCUAUGUUUUUAAAGACCAGUUGGUGAAAUCAGAAGUUGCAUGAUGGCGGAUGAGUAUUGUCUGACGAACUUUAUUGAUUUUUCGUUGUCUUUGUCGCUGCCACUGAAGCACAAUCGAAUAAAGUACACAUGCUUCGACAUCUCCGACAGCUACAUUAUCUUUGGAGCUUCCUCCGGCUCCCUCUAUUUAUUCAAUCGCAACGGAAAGUUUCUGCACCUCAUCCCUAACAAACAUGGAGCCAUCACCAACCUGAGCAUAUCAGCCAACAACAAGUACGUUGCCUUCUCCACUCAGCGAUCCCUUAUUUGCGUGUACGUUGUGAACCUGUCCGCCCAGGCUACGCCGCAGGUGAUCGUCACUCAUCUGGACCAAUCUGUCCAGGUCAGCUGCAUCCAUUGGACGCAGGACGAGAAGCAAUUCUACUAUGGUGACUCUCGGGGCCAGGUGAACCUUGUCCUGCUCUCUUCCUUCAUAGGCCACAGUCUGCUGCUCAACAUGACUGUGCACCCCUUACUCUAUCUCGACUCGCCCAUUGUCCAGAUCGAUGACUUCGAAUCCCUGCUCCUGGUGUCGAACUGCACCAAAUGCAUACUCUGCAAUACCGAGUACGAGGAGUACAAACAGAUCGGCAACCGUCCUCGUGAUGGCGCCUACGGCGCCUGCUUUUUCAUUUCGCCCCACGAGUCAGUGCAGCCUUCGCGCAUCUACUGCGCACGGCCCGGUACCCGAAUCUGGGAGGUGGACUUUGAGGGCGAAGUCAUCCAGACCCAUCAGUUUAAGACCGCCCUGGCCACGGCCCCCGCCAAGAUACAGAAAACCACCAACGUAGACAACAACGCAGACGAGCUGGACUCCAACGACGAGUUGCUGGACUACCAGCCGCAGCAGUUGCAGUUCUCUAGGGUGCAGAGGCUUAGCCAUGAUUUUCUAUUGGCCUACACCGAGCUGGGGCUCUACAUCUUCGACGUGCGGAACUCGUCCGUAGUCCUGUGGUGCAACCAGUUCGAGCGGAUUUUGGACUGCCGUGUAUCCGGAAUGGAGAUAUUUGUGUUCACGCAGACGGGUUCAUUGUACAGCGUGCAGCUGCAGACACUCCACGGGUAUUCCAUCAGUCUAAUGCAUCAGUCGAAGUUGCUCCAAUGCGCGAAUCUACUGCGGCAGCAUGUGAAGUACUUUGCGGACAAGGCCAGGGAAAACUACGAGCUGAAGUUGCUCAAUCAGCUUAAGCAACUGCUGAUCGAAAGACAGGAGUACGAGCUCCUGAACGACAUUUCCGUAAUCUUCGAUGCUAUAGCUCAGUGCACAGGAACUGCGCUGGAUACCCAAAGCUCUGGCGGCAGCUCGGCCGCCACCGAGCGUAGCGGAAGCAUGAGAGCUAUUGCAGUAAGCACCACCAAGGGCCCGCCAAAGGGUGUGUAUGUCCUGGAGAACGCCUUUUGCGAUAAUCUAAAGCAACAGCCGAAGUCCGGACACUUUAAGGAUGCCCUACUUACCGUCACCGGCAAGUUUGGAAAGAACAUCAUCAAAUACAAGUUCAACAUAUUCGCAGAAGAGCAGCAACAGCUGGUGAGAGAGCUCAUUCCAGCCAGUGAGCGGUCUCUACCAUUUAAGGACAUCAAGGCCCGAUACGAAUCGGGUGAUGUUGGGGAGGAGGAGAUCGUGAGCCGCUGCAAGCGACCUACGCCGCAAGCGCCCCACAUCAGCCCCGAGGAGAAGACCAUCUACAACCUCUAUCUUAUCUGCAAGAGCGCCAAGUUCAGUCGGACGCACUGCGUUGAGCGCUAUCGAGCCGUCUUCGAUGAGUACGCAGCCAGCGAGCUGAUAGCUCUGAUGGGCAAGCUGGCCCAAUUGAUGGUGGAGCACGGAGAUGGGCAGGAGCAAGCAGAACGAAAUUGCUACGAAAUGUACUUUAACUAUUUGAACCCCGAGCUCAUCUGGGAGGUGGAUGACUCCACACGGGACUACAUUGCCAGUGGAUUUGUGCUCCUCAAUGCCCCGCAGUGUAUGGAGAUCGUUAGAUGCGACCACUGCGCCUUCCCUCUGCGGUUCGACAACGCCUGCCAGUACCACGAACUUGGAGCCGUCCUGCUUCGCUACUUCUGGUCUCGCAACGAGCAACUCAAGUGCUUCGAUGUGGUACAAGCCGUUCCUGCCCUGCUCGAUGUCCUGGCCAAGUUCUAUUUGGCCGAGCAGAACCUCGAUAAAGUCCUCCCCAUUGUACUCAACUAUGGACAGCCGGAGCUGCUCUUGGACGUGGGCCGACAGCUCAACGUGUCUGCCUGGGCCCGCUGCUUCGAGCAGUUUGCGGAGCUGCAGCGUGGACGCCUAAUCUGCGUAAACUGCGAGUGCGUGUCGAGCGUGGAACAGGACCAGCUGACGCGACAUUUCUUUUACACUUGGAACUGCUUCCUUAACAUCGCCCUCGACCACCUGACGGCCAGCGACACGUUGUCCCUGAUCUUUAAGUGGAGCUCGUACAUUCCGAACGAUGCCAUUGACAGAGAAUUCUAUUCCAGAUGCUUGAUCAAGGGCUAGUCCCAGCAGAACGACGAUGCGACUUGCAUACGAGAUACUGCACAGGGUUUAGUUAAUACAUAUAUAGCAUAUGUAGCAUAUACAUACAUACAUACAUAUACAUCUACAUAUAUUUACACACAGCUAACUAUAUAUAUAGCAAUAUAUGUCCGUAUUUAAUGUUUCCACUAUGUAAUCUCAAGCUAGGACAGAAGCUAUAGCCAAUACCAAAAGCAUUUAUUCUAUAUAAAAAUGUACACAUCCAUAUACACACACAUAAAUUCCAAGGACGGCUAGCCGUUGGAUGAAUUAUAAA